AUGAAGUUGACUGCUCUUUCCCUCGCAACCUUGGUGUCGCUCGCCGCGGCUGCCAACGUCCACCUCUACCCCAGAGCUGACGAAGACUCGUCUUCGGUCACCGAAACCGGCGGCUCCGAGUCGUCGACGGCUGGCGGCGCCCUGAGAUCGUCGGGCGGUGCUCAAUCAUCGGGCGGUGGUGCCCUGAGAUCGUCGGGCGGUUCUGAAUCCUCUGGUGGUUCUGAAUCUUCGGAAUCGGGCUCCGAAUCGUCGGGCGGUGCCGAAUCGUCGGGUUCGGAAUCGUCUGGUGGCUCGGAAUCGUCCGCCUCUGAAUCCGGCUCCGAAUCGUCGGGUGGUGCUGAAUCCUCCGGCUCUGAAUCUUCUGGUGGUUCGGAAUCGUCGGCCUCGGAAUCUGGUUCCGAAUCGUCUGGCGGUGCUGAAUCGCUGGCCUCUGGCUCGGAAUCGUCUGGCGGCUCCGAGUCGUCGGCCGGUGGCUCUGAACUGUCGGGUGGCUCGGAAUCUUCUGGUGGUUCUGAAUCGUCGGCUGGCGGCUCCCAAUCGUCGGGUGGCUCGCAAUCGUCGCGCAGUGGCGCUGGUGGUGCUGCUUCCUCGGGCGGUAGCGAAUCGUCGCGUGCUGGCGGUGGUUCUUCCAGCGGCGGUGGUUCCGGCGGCUCGUCGUCGAGAUCGGGCUCCGACGGGUUCAUCCCCUCGCCGGCGUCGGGCGCCUUGGCCGUCGUCGCCAUGGUCGCGGGUUGCUUGAUUUAA